AUGGGGCGGGCAGGGCCCGGUGGGGCUGGGCGUCUCACGCAGCCUUUCUUUCUGCCCACAGCCGCUCUGCCAGCUCCCCAGGCCCUGCUGGCUCGCCUGCUGGUGGUGGCGGCAGUGGCUCCACACGCGGGCGGUGGCCGUGGAGCCGCGGCCCUGCAGCUGCUGCAGGCGCUCCCCGGCACGAUCCACGGAGCCGUGGGGGCGAAGUGGGCCGCAGACAUCCCCCUGCUGCUGCAGCACCUGGCAGGAACAACAGCGAGCUCCCUGGACGUGGCCGAGUGGGAGAGCCUUCUGCUGAAGUUCCUGCAAACCUCUCUGGAGCUCAUUGCGAGCGAGGCCUGGACCGUGGGCCUGAGCCAGGAGCUGAGCCGGCAGCUGGGCAGCUCUCCCCGCCUGUCCUGGGAGAAGCGGUUCCUGUACAAGGCUCUCGGCACGGCCCUGGCAGCUUGUGGGUGUCUCCACCACGUGCAGGAGCAGACCUUGGAGCACCUGAAAGCAGCCAACUUCCUGGAGCUGUGGCAGGCGCAGGGCAUGGUUUCAGUUGUGUCCCGCUGUGCCGAGAGCCACUUCCAGCUGGCCUUGUCCUUGGUG